AUGCGCGAAGUCAUCAGCUUGAACGGUAUGUUUACUCCUAUUCUGGCAGGGUCGCGCGCCUUGACCGCCAGAUUGGGCCUCGCCGUUGCAAACUGCUCAGAUGCUGACCGUGACCGUGAACAGUCGGCCAGGCUGGUUGCCAGAUCGCCAACAGCUGCUGGGAGGUUAGUACAAGCACACCACACAAUGCAAGAGAUGGAACACACCGUGGGAUGAGGAAAAUACGGGUGCCUGAAGAGACAGAAACUGACUUGGACACAGCUCUACUGCCUUGAGCACGGUAUUCAGGUAUGCACACCCUUCGAACAUCCUCGAGGAUAUGGAAAGGACACUGACAACUGUCACAGCCUGAUGGAUACCUCACCGAGGAGCGCAAGGCCGCCGAUGAUGACCAUGGCUUCUCCACUUUCUUCUCCGAGACUGGUAUGCUCAAAGCCUGAUCUACCAUGCUUUCACUUCCACUGACAUGUGUGCAGGUCAGGGCAAGUACGUGCCACGCACCAUCUACUGCGAUCUCGAGCCAAACGUCGUCGAUGAGGUCCGCACCGGCGCAUACCGCAGCCUCUUCCACCCCGAGCAGAUGAUCACUGGCAAGGAGGAUGCCUCCAACAACUACGCUCGUGGUCACUACACCGUCGGAAAGGAGCUCAUCGACCAGGUCUUGGACAAGGUCCGCCACGUCGCCGACAACUGCUCCGGUCUGCAAGGUUUCCUCGUCUUCCACAGCUUCGGUGGUGGUACUGGUUCCGGUUUCGGUGCUCUCCUGAUGGAGCGCCUGUCCGUCGACUACGGCAAGAAGUGCAAGCUCGAGUUCUGCGUCUACCCAGCACCACAGGUCGCCACCUCGGUCGUCGAGCCAUACAACUCCAUCUUGACCACCCACACCACCCUUGAGCACAGCGACUGCUCUUUCAUGGUCGACAACGAGGCCAUCUACGACAUCUGCCGACGCAACCUCGGUAUCGAGCGUCCCAACUACGAGAACCUGAACCGCCUGAUCGCUCAGGUCGUCUCCUCCAUCACCGCCUCGCUCCGCUUCGAUGGCUCGCUCAACGUGGAUCUGAACGAGUUCCAGACCAACUUGGUCCCAUACCCGCGUAUCCACUUCCCUCUCGUUGCAUACGCUCCUAUCGUCUCCGCAGCCAAGGCCGCCCACGAGGCCAACAGCGUCCAGGAGAUCAGCAUGUCUUGCUUCGAGCCAAACAGCCAGAUGGUUAAGUGCGAUCCACGCAACGGCAAGUACAUGGCCACCUGCUUGCUCUACCGCGGUGAUGUCGUUCCUCAGGUCGUUCACCAGGCUGUCGCCACCCUCAAGACCAAGCGUACCAUCCAAUUCGUCGACUGGUGCCCAACUGGAUUCAAGAUUGGUAUCUGCUACCAGCCACCACAGAUGGUGCCAAACGGCGACCUUGCCAAGGUCAACCGUGCCGUCUGCAUGUUGUCCAACACCACCGCCAUUGCCGAGGCCUGGUCGGCCCUCUCGCACAAGUAAGUGAACUCGUGAUCACGAAGUGCCUGCUGCAUUUACUGACCCAAUCAACUCCAGGUUCGACCUCAUGUACAGCAAGCGUGCCUUCGUCCACUGGUACGUUGGUGAGGGUAUGGAGGAGGGUGAGUUCUCCGAGGCUCGUGAGGACUUGGCUGCGCUCGAGCGCGACUACGAGGAGGUUGCCGCCGACUCCGCCGAGGGCGAGGAGGGCGCCGAGGCCGAGUACUAA